GAAGAAUUGUAAACAGAAACCCGAAUCGUAGAAGAGACUUAAACCAGGUUCGGUGCGGUUCGUUCUCGUUUCUUAACCGAGAAAUACACUACCUCCUCCGCAUGCUUGCGAGUUGCGAGACUAAUUUUUCAACGACCGCGGCAAGAGCGCAUGUUCAACGGUAGCGAUUAUCUAUCACAGAUUCAGAAUCGCUUGUAAACACAGGAGGAGAUUUUUUGGUUUGAUCUCGGGUUGCAUUUCGUCAUUUCAAAAAUUUUGGAGUUGAGGGCAUUGUAGGACUCUACUACUUUAUUUUUAGAUGGUGAGAGAGAUGGAGAAGACGACAAUGGAGAAGGGGGAUUACAAGAAUAGUGCUGUUUUGUUUCUUUGCAUUAGCGUGUUUGCAUUGUUGGUUAGAGUUGCUGUAUCACUGCAUCCCUAUUCAGGUGCUGGAAAUCCCCCCAAGUAUGGGGAUUUUGAAGCACAAAGACACUGGAUGGAGAUUACACUUGGUCUUCCUCCUCAGGAGUGGUAUCGAAACAGUACCAUCAAUGAUCUCAGCUACUGGGGACUUGAUUAUCCUCCCCUUACUGCUUAUCAGAGCUAUGUUCACGGUCUUUUACUUAGAUACUUCCACCCUGACUCUGUCUCACUUUAUUCUUCGCGCGGACAUGAAUCCUAUCUCGGAAAACUACUCAUGAGAUGGACAGUUUUAUUGUCUGAUGCCUUGAUAUUCUUUCCUGCAGUUCUUUGCUUUGUCACUGCAUAUUAUUCUGGACAACAGGGUACACAUAAAAAUAAUAUAGCCUGGCAUACCACAAUCAUUCUGCUUAGCCCAUGCCUCAUCCUAAUCGAUCAUGGUCACUUUCAGUAUAACUGUAUCAGCUUGGGCCUUACUGUGGGAGCUAUCGCCGCCAUUAUAUCUGGAAAAGAGCUUGUUGGUUCUUCUCUGUUCUGCCUAGCUCUUAAUCACAAACAGAUGAGUGCCUAUUUUGCACCUGCAUUUUUCGGCCACCUCUUUGGCAAAUGCCUAAGACGCCGAAACCCGUAUAUUGAGGUACUUAAACUGGGGCUGGUAGUCUUAGGAACAUUUGCUGUUGUCUGGUGGCCGUAUCUUCAUUCAUUGAAUUCCUUUUUAGAGGUGCUCUCUCGUCUAGCUCCAUUUGAAAGGGGGAUUUAUGAAGAUUAUGUGGCUAACUUUUGGUGCACAACUUCAAUAAUGAUAAAGUGGAAAAGAUUGUUCACCACUCAAUCACUAAAGCUUCUUAGUCUUUCUGCUACCCUUUUUACAUGUCUGCCUUCAGUGGUUCAGCAAAUAAGAUAUCCAAGCAGUCAUGGUUUCUUGUAUUCACUGCUAAAUAGUGCAUUCUCCUUCUACAUGUUCUCAUUCCAAGUACACGAGAAGUCUAUUCUACUGCCUCUACUGCCAGCAAGUUUGUUGGCUUUGGAAGAACCGUCUAUCUUCCAGUGGCUCAUACAGUUCGCAUUGCUCUCUAUGUUUCCCCUUCUUUGUCGUGAUAAAUUGGUAAUACCAUAUGCUGCCCUAUAUGGUAUUUUUAUACUUCUUUACAAUGCACCUGGUUGGAAACAAGAUGCCAGGGAAAGGAGUUCUACAUCCACUGCAAAGUCAUUACUAGUCGCUGUUAUUACUAUGAUUUCUGUUCUUCUUCACGUCAUAUACUUGACCAUUAGUCCACCCAGGAGGUACCCCUUUCUCUUUGAAGCCAUCAUUAUGCUCUUAUGCUUCUCCCAGUUCAUUGCAGUUGCCGUUUACACAAACAAAAAACAGUGGAUGUUAUCAAAACAGCACUCUGCUCCGAUGGCCAAAGAAAAGCACCUCUGAUUUUUAUUUAUCUAUAUUAACUGAUUUCGGAUGAUUUUGACGCCUUGAAUUGAUGGAUUAAAUAUCUACCACUUUCUUAAGGACAUCUACCUUUUCAAUAUACUGCAAAUGAUGUUUCUCAGUAAUGAACCCAGUUGAAUUAAAUCUA